UCUCUGAUUUGGACUUGUAUCAUUUUAGUUGUGAGAAUCUCCCUUUGUUCCCAUUCAUCUUUUUGGGUCUAGACGGUAUUCCUGGCCUCACAGUGUUGCAAUUGUAAUAGAAAAAAUGUCCCAUGAUAACUCUCUUUUUCUUAUUCAACUUUCCUUUCAUAAUUUUGGGCCAAACAAAUAGAUUAUAUGGAAUAUUUGAAAUGCCAUAUAGGAAAAAAAAAAGUAUCAAUAUUAAAAUAAGCAAACAACACAACAUGGUCCUUAAUUUAUGUUGUCCAUAAAACCCAGUUCUCCAUUAUCAACUCCUCUCUCUCUCUCUCUCUCUCUCUCUCAAUGAAAGACACAAUAUGACACCAAAUAAGCCAACUAUUAGUGCAUCAUCAACACAAGCAAUAAUACCAGAAUGUUGUAUGUGUGGGGAUUCUGGCCUGUCUCAUGAGCUCUUUCACUGCAAAGUCUGCAAAUUUAGAUCUCAACACAGAUAUUGUAGCAAUCUGUAUCCCAAGGCAGAGUAUUACAGAGUAUGCAAUUGGUGUCUGUGCGAAAAAGACAACAAGAACUCACAGAAUUCUUCGAAUUCUUCAUCAUCAACCAAAACGAGUGGCGAAGGCGAUAUCAAGAGCAAGAAGAGGAACAAUAUUCAGGGGGGAUUGAAGGGUCGGAGUGGGAAUUCACCAUUGAAACCCAGUAGCCCCAUCAAGAAAGUACAGAGGUCGCCGGAGCGAUCAUCAUCGCCGGACAAAUCGCGGAAAAAGAUCGUCAUGAAUAAAGCAUUGGAGGAAAAGCUGAUGAGGAGGAGAAGCUCCGGUGAUUUACUGAAUAGUAAGAAUGAAAAUGGGAUCGUGAAGAAGCACGUUUUUAGGAAUAAAGUGAGAAGGUAUAAGCUGCUGGAAGAGGUUUCAAGCUGAUGAUCAUGAUCAUAAUUGUUAAUUGAGAUUGUUAGAUUCAAGUGUUUGAAUAUCAAAUCUGAAUUAAUGGAAUCCAAUUGUGAUGGAGAUUUGGGUUUGACGGAUAUGGAUCUUUCAGUUUUUCUGGUUAUCCUGGACUUUCACAAACCCAACUAAGAGUGAAGCUAUGCCUAACCAUUCCGGGUGAUCACAUCUUUCUUUUUUUUAAUACAAGGGAAGGGGAUGAGUAGGCUCGAACUCGAGAUUUCUAUGAGAUAUUCAUACACAUGAGUGUCAUUUGAGCUAUUCAUAAUUCUCGAGUGAUUACAUUUUUUUAUCCUCAACAAUCUCAUUUGAACAAUCAAUUAAUCAAACAU